UACACACAGGAGGAAGGCGAAGAAGAAGCAGAUGGGGUCUGACCCUUCUUCACUCCAUUCCCAUUCUCUCGUUAUCCUUUUUCUUUUUUAAAUAAUCUCAUCCUCUUCUUAGUAACUUCUCUCUCCGCCAUUGAUGAAAAUCAGUCCGUUGCUACGUUUCCGUUACUCCCUCCCCUCUCCUUCUCUCUCUCUCUCUCUCUCUCUCUCUCUCCCUCUCCCCCCCCGGCCACGCCGAUGAAUCAUUGAAGCCGAAGGCACGGCCUCUGCUCUGCCAGCAACCCUCGCGAUCUGCACCGGCAAAUCCAUCAUUACUCCCGCGCACGCGCCAACAGGACAUCUCAGAUUUCUCGUAAACUGCGAUCGCAUGUGCUCGUAGACGAAGAUAAACGCCAUUGAUUGAUUGGUUGGUUGGUUGAUUCAUUCUGUUGAGAGGUUUUACCUGCCGGCGGGAACGCGUCAAAUGUCGGUCGUCGAGGCGUCGCCGCACCUCCGCGACUUCCUCCGGAUCAAGGACGACGAAGCCGGAGCGGCCUUCGCUGGCCGGCGGUCGGAGGUGGCGGGGUUCGUGCUCGACGCGGCUUUGAGCUCCGAGAAGCAGCCAUCGCCGCUGCACUCCGGUGCUGUUUCUGCGUUGCCAGCGAGCCGGACUCUGCUCGACAUCAUCCGGGACGAGGAGUUGAACAAGCGCCCUGUAGCUGUAGUGCAGGGGCACCAUGGGAGGGACCAGAGGAGCUGGAAGUCGUUCAAGGACCGGCUCAGGCUCAGGCGCUCUGGCUCGCAUUGGAUAUCGACAGUUCCGGUCCCGUCAUCGGAAAUUCCCGCCAACAAGACGUGCGGGUCGCCGGUAUCUAGGCAGGGUUCAGCUCGGUUCAACUCCGAGGGUCCUGUCAUUGCGGAAGAGUCGAGCCACACUGAAAAUCCAGUAUCUGUGGAAGAUGAAGCCCGUGAUGAUCAGGCGUGUAGCAAUCUGAGUCCCAACAGCAGGCCUAGCGUCACACUGAGGGGCUCGACUCGGUUCGGGACUCUCGUCCCUAUCUCACUAGAGCCACUGGCUUGGUCCAGCAGCUCGCCGGAGCAGUCUCCGAGGCCUCAGAUUUUGCGCCACAAUUCAACCAGAUAUACGUCGCCACUCACCGAGUCGCCUCAGCCCUUGACUCGUUCAGAGAGCUCCCCGAUCCCCAGAGGACGCAGCAUCUCGGGGGAUCAGGGCAUGACCCCUCCAGCUGAGGAGCCACCACGGGAGUCAACGCGCCGCCUGUCGACAGUGCUGGCAGAGGAGAGGCAGCAGUCAGCCAGGGAGGCCGCAGCAGCGCAGGAGGCGGCUGGAGACGAGCAGCCGGUGAGGAUGUCUCUGAUGGAUCUGCUGGAGGAGACGGACAGGCAGAUGGGGCUGGAGGGUACGAGGUACACGGUGGUGGGGAACAAUGACGAGGGAGAGGAGGCAGCGGUGGAUGACGAAGAAGAAGACGGAGGGCGAGGAGGACGAAGGGACGACGGUGGUGGAGGAGAGCGGAACUGCUGCAUAUGCAUGGUGAGGCACAAGGGGGCGGCCUUCAUCCCCUGCGGCCACACCUUCUGCAGGCUCUGCUCGAGGGAGCUCUGGGUCAGCCGGGGCAAUUGCCCGCUCUGCAAUAACUACAUUGCCGAAAUUCUCGAUAUCUUCUGAUUCCAGGUCCCGAGCUGAACUGUCGAUGCCCAUAUCGAUCCUGCCAUGCUCAUAAAUUCGAAUGAUGACAGAAAAAUGAGCGCGUUCAGAUUGUGUAGAAUAGAAAGAAAGAAAGAAGAAGAUUUAGUGAGCAUCUUCCAUCCUGUGUCUAUGUCUUCUGUUUCUUAUGUUUUGUCUUUUCCGUUAACUGAAAAUUUUAGUGGCAAAAAAAGGCUAAGAUUUAUGUUUCUUUCAUGCUGGAAUUUGUCCUAAUUGCUGGAUUUUUGUGCCUUCUGUAUAUAAAUUCUUGGAUAUCCAUCAUAUCAUAAUUCAUAGGUCAAGAUUGUAAAA